AUGGAAUACUGGAAGCAAUGCACUUUGUGGUUGAUAAACUGCAAAGUUUUGCAGUCGAACCAUUGGAUUACGUCAGAGUCUGCGCAGGUGUUUGAUUUGGUGUAGAUGGUUCGUGAUGGAGUCCUGCUCUGUCAGCUUUUGAAAAAUCUGAAACAGAAUACCAUUCAUUUGAAAGAGAUGUCACAGUUUCUGUGUCUGAAGAACAUAAGGACUUUUGGGAUGAAGAGAAGUGAGCUGUUUGAAGCCUUUGACCUCUUCGACGCACGGGUCAUUGACAGUUUAUCCAAACUCUCUAACACAUCUACAGUCUACACACAACAGUCAGGCAUAAGAUCAUUUCUGACAGAGGAGAGUACAGAAAAUGAAGAUAUCCUCUAUUUGACCGAUCUAAUUGAUGAGCAGGUGUUGGAGGAUUUGCAUGAUCCUGUGUACAGUCAUCUGGAAGGAGGACAAAUAUAUAUGGAUCUGAUGCGUACAGAAACUACCUUUCAGAAGCAGAAACAGACUGAGGUGGACAUCGGGAUGUGCUGCCUCUUUGAGAUCAAACAGAUAGAGGAGAGAUACAAAGAGACCCUGGAGGCCAUUGAGAAGUAUUUCCUGACACCUCUCAAGAAGUUCCUCUCAGCAGCAGACAUUGACAAAGUGUUUCUUAACAUCCCAGAUCUAGUUAAAGUGCACAAAAGCUUCAUGGUCAAAAUUCAGGACACCAUCAAGAAUGCGUCAAAUCUCCACCAAAUCUUCAUAGCCUUUAAGCACAAGCUUCUGAUUUAUGGGACAUACUGUGGUCAGGUGGAAGCAGCGAUCCCAACACUAGACUCCCUCUGUAAAGAGAAAGAGGAUGUUCAGCUGAAGUUAGAGGAGUGCUCGAAGCGAGCCAACAGUGGGAAGUUCACUCUGAGAGAUCUGCUGGUUGUUCCUAUGCAGUGCGUACUAAAGUACCCUCUGUUACUGCAGGAGCUGGUCAAACACACUCAUGAUUAUUCCGAGAAGAGUAACUUGCUAGUGGCCCUGGAUGCUUUGCGAGCCAUCUUCUUUACAUCAGAUAUAUUUAAUGUAAAUGUGACUAUUGCAGAAAUUCCCUUUAAGAUGCUAGAAGAACUUGAUGAAAGUCACCUCCUGUUCAAGCAGGGUCAGUAUGUUAAUGAGGUAAAGAGGGACAAUGAGACUUUACGAGAGAUUGAUCAGUACCAGAGGUCCAUCGAGAAUCUGAAUCAGCCACUCAAGAUCUACGGCAGACCGAAGGGUGACAGGGAAGUUCGAGUGGACAAGCGAAGGCAGAACAGGCACAUUUUUCUCUUCGACAUCGCCGUGGUCAUUUGCAAGCGGCGAGGGGACAAUUACGAGAUGAAAGAAGUGAUCGACCUCAACAAGUACAAGAUCACCAACAACCCCACCACCGAUAAGGACUGCAGAGCGUGGUGCUACAGAUUCUUCCUCACACACCAGCAGAGGACAAACAGCUUUGAGUGCUUCUUCAAGACCAAAGAGUCUGCACUAUCACUCAUUCGGCAAAAUAACCAAACCCUGUGUCUUCCACACAGGUCCAAUAUUAGGCCAGAGAACACCACCUGUAACUCGCACCUGUUCCACAUGCACACCUUUGACAGGGUCACCAUCUGCAGUUCCUGCUGCAUGCUGCUCAGCGGGAUCUUCAACCAGGGAUACCUGUGUCUUAAACGUGGAACAGGGGCUCAUAAGGAGUGCCCUGGCAAACUGGGAGUCUAUGGCAGAGCUGAUGACUUGUCUUCUCGCCCCUCUGACCAAUGUUUUUAUUGUGCAUAUUGUUUUCCAGGUUUGCCAAAAAUGCUGGUCAUCAGAAACUACCUGGGAUCUCCCAGCCCCCCAGAUGGUCCACCUCUGAACAUUCGUGUGGGUGAUGUUAUUGAGGUCAUUUGUGCUGACCUGCUCAGCUGCUGGUGGAAGGGCAAAAUCCUGACAAAGCGAGAGAUUGGCCUAUUUCCAAGUGAUGCCGUGAAGCCCUAUCCCUGUGUCCCCAAACCAGUUGACUAUUCCUCCCAGCUCUGGUUCGCAAGGCCCAUAGAGAGGAAGAAUGCCGAAAGAGAGCUGAUUGAGAGAGAGAACAACACCUACCUGGUCCGACACAGGAGACAUGAAUGGAGCGAGUACGCCUUCAGCAUCAAGUACAACCAUGAAGUGAAGCACAUUAAGAUACUCAGCAAGCAUGGCUGCUUUUGCAUCGCUGAGAACAGGAAGUUUAAAACUGUACUGUUGGACCUGGUGGAGUUCUACAAGCUACACUUACCGAAGGAGGGAUUUUGCAGCCUGGACACCAUGCUCAAAGUUCCCUUCAGGCAGCCUGGGACGGGACUUGCCCAUAGAAGCACAGUGUCCACUGUUUUUCUACUCUUCUUCUUCCUGUUGUGUUCUCGGACCUGUCAACCUUCUGCCAUCACUGGCACAAUGCUCUCCUCUUCCUCCCGUGCUCACUUCUCCAGUGGUCCACUUCUCCAUGCUGUUGCUGUGGCACUGGUGCGCUAUGACUUCUGCUCGAGGGACACAAAGGAGCUCCCACUGUAGGCAGGCGACCUGGUGAAUGUCUACGCCAAGUGUGCUGAUGGCUGGUGGAGCGGCGAGGUCAGCGGAAGGGUGGCAUGGUUCCCCUCCUCCUACGUGGAAGAGGAAGAGUGAAUGUUAGAGGGAGUGACCCUUACUGCCACCCGCUUCAUUGACGGCAGCAUAAGCACAGCCCCGGCUUGAGGGUUUUUGGACAGAGCUAUGAUGAGGUUGACCUCCAUGGUUCAACCAUUACCCUUAAGAAGUGCUUGGCUUGUGAGCGGGCUAUUGCAGUCCCCUGCAGGGCGAAGCAGGUUUUAGAUUUAGGCUGGUUCAUUAAUAAUGAUCCACCAUCACAGGCUUCGCACUCACCCCACCCAGAGUCAGAUGUUUUUCUGGCUUUGUCACCUUCUGCAGUCUUCACUCAGGGUCCAAGGCCCCCUCUGUCUGCUUGUUAAUGAUUUUAAACUCUUUCUUCCCACUGGACAGGCCUCCCCUUUUCUCAGGAAGCUUAAGCUGAGGAGGGAAAACUUUGAACUGUUUUUUUUUUCUUCCUCCUUAUUGAUGGCAUCAUCCACCCCCCUGACCUCUGAUUCCGCCUUCUGUGCUGUGCCUUUGCUUCCAGCACUGUUAGCGCUUAGCGCUCCCUCAGAGGCCCUGAGUAAAACAGACUGUCAAGAGGCCUACCGGUCAGGUAGAUAUCAAUCACUGAACACAUCGGACUCAGACCCAUCACACUGGGGCUUUUCAGACCAAGGAUGCAGCCAUUCCUGGACACUCCCCAUCUGAUAUGUUAAUGGGAUCUGUAUAUGGGGCAGUAUGAGGCAGUUUCUCUAAGGAUCCCAUAGAACCUCACUUGUGGAGGUGGAGGUAAAGGAACAUGGCCGACUGUAUUUUCUUUUGUUGUUCCAAAGAAGUGUUUUCUUCAAAUAGAGAUGUCUAAAUCACUGUUGAAUAUGGCUUCAACUGUUUUCUGAUGUGUGGAAUUAUACAAGCAGAGGCAUUUUAGGAAGAAGAUAGCUCUGGGUUCUGGUAGAAGUUCCAAAAUUUUUUAUUUGCUUGUUUUGCUUAGAUUUCACUAGUUUUGGACUGUUAGUUCUUUAGUUAUUUUUCACAGUGUCCUCUAAUGUGUUGCUGGUGCGAGUGUCCAUGGAGUUGUCACAAGUCACUGGUUUACAACAAAAUGAGUAAAAUGGAGUAUACUCUGGAGUAUAAAAUGGAGAAUGGGCUUGAUUUAUGACCAUUCACCAAAAUAAUGAAGGGUCACAGGCAAUGAUCUGGUGAGCCAAAUGCAAGCAACUGCUGAAAAAAUGCCUUUUGACCACUGAAGUUGUGUUGUAUUUCUUCCAUGCUCUUAUGCCCUUAUAAGGUAAUCUGGGUUUGUCUCUGCGAAAACAAGGAAUGGCAUUUUUGAAAAUCAACUGUGCUGGUGUGCGGUAAAUAAAAAUGUUCCAAACUUGA